GCUCCAGAGUGGAGAGAAGGUCCAGAAAUCAGCUAAAAGGGCAUUUUCCAUAUUAAUUGCUGUCCGCAGAACUGCCUCGUUUUAGUUUUAUAUUUCAACAGCGAGACUCGCGGCUCUUCAUGGGAAUAUGACGUUUCCAUAAACUCCACGCCGCGUCUCGCGUGUGUGGGUGUGUGUCUGUGAGCGCGUAUUGCGUGAGUGCCUCAGUGACGCUCCACAGCCCAGUGGCUUAGUGUUGUUCUCGCAGAGCAGACAGACAGACAGACAGCUGGAUUAGAUCGACAGAAUAGAAACUGCUAGUUCUUCAUUUUUUUAAAACUUUUUUAACAUAAAAAGUCUGGUUUGACUUUCAUAACUUCUCUUUUUUUGGGGGGUGGGGGGAUCAUCGCGCGUUUUUGAACAGUUUCGUGGCGGCUCUCAAACCGGUAUGGAUUUGCCACUGUCUAGAGAAGGCACGCCGUGUGGUCCGCUACCAAAGUUUUGAUUGUCACCGUUGGUCUGGAGUAACAGAGGAAGGCGCUGAACUUUGACGCACACGUGAGGACACCUGAAGAAAAAUAUCAAACUGCCGGAGCGUCUCUUUACUCUGCUAUCUACCAUCUCUCAUGGGGUGACCCACAUAGAGCUUCUGAGACGUGACUGUAGGACAGUCUCCCUCCCAGCAUCCUUCCUGUCCUUUACUUAAAGGCAAAAACUACUGGCAUAGACACUCUGAGCAACACUGUGUGAAUGAAUCUUUGUCGUAAAGCCGUUGUGCAUUGCCGCCCUGUCAUCAUGGGGAGCAAAUAUUCCCAGUACUACAAUAAGACUGUGAUUCGCUUAUACUACACCUAUGCUAAAAACAUGACCGAGGAGGAAAUGAGGGAAGACAUUAAGAAAAAACAAAAAGAACAUCCCUCCGGUCUCGAAAUAUUGAUCAUCAUCCUUUGCACAUUCAUCAUCCUUGAGAAUCUGAUGGUCCUGACUGCCGUCUUCCGCAACAAGAAGUUCCAUUCGGCUAUGUUUUUCUUCAUCGGCAACCUGGCAUUCUCUGACCUGCUUGCAGGCUCAGCAUAUAUAGCCAACAUUUUUCUAUCAGGGGCAAAGACAUUUGAGCUGUUCCCAAUACAGUGGUUCAUCAGGGAAGGCACAGUGUUCAUUGCUCUGUCAGCUUCAGUCUUCAGCCUGUUGGCAAUAGCUAUAGAGCGCUAUAUCGCUAUCACCAAGGUAAAGGUGUACGGCUCCCACAAAACAUGCCGAAUGUUUCUGCUGAUCGGAGCUUGUUGGGUUACCUCCAUCCUUCUCGGAGGACUCCCCAUCAUCGGCUGGAACUGCAUCGACAACCUCCCUGAAUGCUCGGCAGUUUUGCCACUUUACUCUAAGAAAUACAUUGUGUUUGUCGUCACUGUUUUCAGCCUCCUACUACUCUCUAUUGUCAUCCUCUAUGUGAAAAUUUAUUUGAUUGUACGCUCCAGCCACCAGGAAGCAACCAACUCACAAGCCUAUUCCCUUUUGAAAACGGUCACAAUAGUGCUGGGAGUCUUCAUUGUCUGCUGGCUGCCCGCUUUUACAAUUCUCCUUCUGGAUUCGUCCUGCAGCAUAUAUUCCUGCCCUAUCCUCUCCAAAUCAAGCACCUUUUUUUGCAUUGCCACUCUGAAUUCUGCGCUUAACCCAGUGAUCUACACGCUGCGCAGUAAGGACAUGAGAAGGGAGUUCCUCCGUUUGAUUUGCUGCUGGGGCGUGCUGCAAAGUGGGCGGCCUUCUGAACGUUGUCUGGUCCCUCUAAAGAGUUCCAGCUCUCUGGAACACUGCACCAACAAACUUGAACACCAGAAAAUGCCUAUUAUGAAAGAAUGUACCACCUGCGUUUGAUAGGGUCCAAGGAUAUCAUGUGUAUUCGUGUGAGAAAGAGAAACGAGCUAGCACGUCCUGGAUCUAAGACAUGUGGGUGAGGCUGGGACAAAGCUGUCUUUGAGACACAGACUUAAAUCUCCUAUUACAGUUGAUACUGUGUGAAUUUAUAAUCGGUAUGCAAUUAAAAUCACCCAUGCAGCUGGUGUAAAAAUGCAAGAGGAAACCAACGUAGUAAGUGAGAAACCAAAACGUUCUUAUGGGUACUUUUCUCGAUUGUGGAGCAAACCAUUUUCACGUAUAUACCUACGAUCGUGUUCAUCUUUUAAAUGUGUUAAACCCUUUUAAAAGCCAAAAAUAAUGUGCAUAAUAUCAUAGUUAUGUAAUAGCUGUUUGGGACUUUCAAGAACUGUGUCAAUGCAAAGCUUGCAAAAUUGCACUUUGUAGUUUACUGUAGAGAUUUUUGCCCUGUGUAAGAUUAAACCACAUUACUCUUCCUCACUGAAAUAUGUAUGCAUUAAGCUUAAAGUUGCAUCACUCAUUAUUUACAGAGUCGAUGGCAGUGGUCAACUGAAACAAAAUGACUAAGUAGUCCUUUGACAAAACCAGGACUAUAUAUUCCCUAUAUAACCGUACCUUUUGAUAAACUACAACAAACUUGUGUAAUCUGCUCACAUUUAAUGCAUGAAACUCAGACUGUAAGUGCUAACGUGUAUGAUAUACUCCAGAUACGGCUUCCAUCACUAACACCCCUUCCCUUAUUUGUCCUCAUAAUCUGCCCCUCUUGCUUUUACUGUUGUCUUUUGUAUCUAAACAGUUUCCGUCAAGGAAGGCCUAAUCAGAAUGCACAUUUCCUUAAGGGAGUAGGCACAGAUGGCGAAUUUGACUCAAUAACAGCUGUUUGGCAGGUUUAACUAAAAGAACAGAUGCCCUUGCAGUGUUGUAGUAACAUAGAAUCAAUGUGCUGCCUCUGUUUGUGCCUUCCUCAUGGGGGCAAAAGGCUGAAUGUAUGUAUGAAGUGUUCGGGGCAUGUGCCCCAUUGUCGACAGUAUUAUUGAUCAUCAUUUGGAAUUACAAAGUCAUUGACAAACAGAGUGGGAUAAACAGGGUAGAUCACUCUUACUGUGAAUUUUCAAACAGCACCAUGAACAAGAAUUUGUUGUGACCAUCUUGGUUUAAUUUGAAAACCAUACGCCUUGUGCAACUAAAGAUCCAAACCUGUCUCAUGUUUCUCAAGACCCCUCACGUUGUCUACAAAAAAGGAGAAGAUCCGGUUUCAGACGCACGGGAGGUAUCUGCCCUCCUGGGAGGUCAGCUUCAUCCUCGUUCCCUGACAUCCUACAACACGCAACUUCCCUCAGCCAUAGGAAGUCCUAUUUUUUCAGCGUCCGGUUCCUGUUGUUUAGGCUUACUGUAACCUUCUUCCCAUGGACAUACAAUUAAAACUCUUCUCCAUGUCAGUGUUUUUAUUUUUUUUAUUUUAUUUUUUAUAUUUACUUCUAAAUUUAGAUGGACACGCACUUUGGCAGCUUCCGUGAUGUUUCCUUUCCCCCAUUUUUGAAAAAGAAUCUGUGUACCUAUGAGUUUGCCAACUUUUAUGUUAAAUAUAUAAAUAACUGUGUAUGUUUUGUAAGUAUGUAUGUGUCUUUGUACAGUAUGUAUGACUUUGUUUUAUGCAAUGUCUUGUGUGCAAUAGUUGUGUGUGUCCAGUAGCACGCUUCCUGUAUUAAAUUGGUACAAUCUGAAACACUAA